UUGCUAGGUUGGUAUCUUAGCAACCCCAGACGCCUGCGUUCUAAGACUGGACUUUUCUGGGGUUUUGAGACAGGUUUUGAGCUAGAACGAUGGACGUUUCACUCGAGGCAAAAACCAAACCGCUGGCUGCACUGUCAGCCUUCAGCUACGUCACACCGCGAAGAAAUGAGCCCAAACAAAUGUCCUACUUUAACAACGAAGCGAAGGUCUCAGAUGUGUCCAUGUAUGACCGAUUACACAACCAUGUUGAGGGUUAUGAUAUGAGGCUCCCCCGGGAUGACAGAAAACACUGGAAAGGAAGAGGACUUGACAUAAAUAAAGAGGAGAGGUCCAGAACUGUGCCGGUGCUGUCCUCGUCAGAGUACGGCCGUCGUCCCGCUCCCACACUCUACUUCACAGAGAGGCAGUAUGCGCGUGUAGCCUGCAUUAAAUCUGAAAUCUACAUGAAAAAUGGGAUCUUAUGGAGUGUGGAAGAAGGAUACGGAUCAGUGAGACCUUCUUAAAAGUCUGACGUAUCAGUGCAUGAAGGUGUUUUUUUCUCACUGUGGAAACUUUAAUAAUAAAAAAUGUUGUGCUCUGUA